GUACAUAAUGUGUAAAUGUAAAGCAAAAUGAAGAAUACUCAUUCUGUAAUUUAUAAUAAUGGAAGAAACUCGAUCGUUAAUACGCAAUCAGAAUGUUACUGUUUUAUAUACAAGAAGGUGGUGGAUGUUGGCAGUUUUUUCAUUUAGUUGUUUUAUGCAAACCUUAAUUUGGAACACAUGGGGACCUAUAGCGCAGUCUGCUAAAACAGUGUAUGGAUGGAGUGAUGGAACGAUAGGUUUGAUACCCAGCCUUGGUAAUAUAGCUUGCAUGUGUACAGUUUUGUUGAACUGUUAUUUUAUGGACGAAAAGGGUCUUCGAAUCUCAGCUGUAUUAUGUUCUGGUUUGAUAUUUGCUGCUUCUGGACUUAGAUGUAUUACAAGUGAUCCGGAAUACGCCACUGGAUUGAUGUAUGCAUCUGCAAUAAUAAAUGGAGUAGCUGGUACAACGUUUUUCUCAGGACCACCAUUGUUAGCAUCGUUGUGGUUCCCUCUUAACCAACGAACAACAGCUACUGCUAUCAGCUCACUGUGUAUAUAUGCUGGCUUGGCAGGAGGGUUUCUUAUUGGUCCACAAUUAGUUUCGGCACCCAUUUACAACACAACAGUCAGAUAUCUUAAAAGUGACGUAGUUACACCUAUGGUGAAUCAGUCGUCAACAUUGUCGUACCAAAAUACCUUUAACGAAACAGCGCUAAUGAACUUUGAAGAGUUAAGAAAUCAGGUGAUGUGGUUAAUGUAUGUUGAAUGUAUAGCAGCAGCUGUAGGGUUUUUUGCUACUCUUUUGUAUUUUCCUGACAAGCCACCAACUCCACCAAGUAAUUCUGCUAAUGAGAAAAGAAUUGAGUACAAGAAGGCAGUUUGUCAAAUAAUCAGACACGGACCUCUAUGGUUAAUUUCAAUAGCAUUUGCUUUACCUAUUGGUGUAUAUGCCGCCUGGGGAGCCAUACUUGAUGUUAUCCUUCACCCUGUUGGAGUAUCGCAGGAAGAAGCUGGUUGGAUUGGAUUUUAUGCAACAGUAGGUGGCUGUAUUGCUGGUGUUGUAAUAGCUAGAUUUUCAGAUCUGUUUUUGAGACAUAUGAAGUUAUUCCUGCUAUGUUUAUAUAUGUGUGGUGGUGCUUCGUUUGUAUGGUUCACACUUGUCUGCGAUAAUAUUGUACCAUAUUCAACAGCACAGCUGUACAUUUCAAGCAUUGCUGGUGGAAUAUUUUUAAAUGGAACAAUACCACUCUUUUAUGAAUUAAGUUGCGAAACCUCAUAUCCUAUAGCAGAAGGAAUAACAGGCGCUUUUUCAACUAUGCUGGAUAGCAUUUUUGGUGUACUAUUUCUUUUCGUACUACAAAUUCCAAAUAUAGGUACAACAUGGAUGAAUUGGUGUCUAGUAGGCAGCAUAGGAGCUGGUAUCCUAGUUUUAAUGAUAUUUAGAGAAUCAUACAGGCGAACAGAUCUGGAUAUAACUAUAGUUGUUAAGGCUGGUGACUGUGUCGACAAAAUUGACGAAAUUUUCAACAAACAAAAGCAGGUUGAUGCUGAUUUUAUUCAUAAAAGAAAUAUUUGCGCUGAAAAUGGAGAAAAUGCAGAAUGAAACUUCUUAAAAGGAUUUACUUUAAUGGUUAAUACCAGUUUUUAUAAUGUUGGGCUUAAAUUAAUUCUGCAAUCUGUUCUGUUAAUUAUAGU